CCCACAACUUUGCGGAAUAAGUUAGCAAAGAUGGCUGCUACAUCUUCGUGCGGAAGGCUAACGCGUCUAAUGUUUUUUACUCCUCUUUUCUUCGCAUUUUUCGGAACAGGGACCUCAAUCGCUCAAGUGCCACUUAUAAUAUGGUCGAAUGAUGGUUUGCCAGGUUUAGCCUCGUCUCCAGCAGGCCACAUCACAUCCAACGAGCAGCUGGCAAACUACCUCACCUCUGCCUUUGGCUCUGGCACCCACACUGUGCUGUUGUUCCUGCAGGACAAGCUGAGCAAAGAUGACUUCACUGUCUUUGCUGGAGUGUUUGGAAACAAGCAGGAUAGUGUCUUUCAAAACCUGGAGGCUGCACUGCAGUCCUCUUCAUCAUCAGUGACACUUCCAGCUUUACAGUGGUCACAUUCCACUUCUGUCACAUCUCUUCUGGAGGAGAAGCUCGGCGUCUCACCUGUGCUCGUUGACGCAGGCACUCUGUCACAGCUGAACGUUGACGUGUCUGUCAGCAACCUGCUGAUCAUCAAUCUGCCUUAUUGCACAGACUUGCAGAAGGCUUGCCGGGAAGUGCUACGUGACAAUGAUGACAUUAUUGGCAAGGUUGUAACUACAAUGGAGGUCAAAAAUGUGCCUUACACUGCGAUGUACACAGGAUCCCAACCAUCACAAGUGAUUUCUGAGCCAUCCGUGAUGAACCAGCAUGCUGGUCGAUUGUUGCUCCAAGCCGUAGACCCUGAUGUCAAACCCCCCAUUAUGUUCAACAUGUCAGGUGGCCCUUGCAUCAUGCUCUGGGCUCAGAACCUCAAUAUCAGCUUCUCAGCACCCCCACAGUGGCUGGACCUCGCCGCCGAGACACCCUCCUUGGCAGGAUCUCUCUGUAACAGCACUAACUCACUGCUUGUGCUGAGCUACCCAUCAGGCGUUACACUACGCUUUGCCAUGAGUCAGCGGUUCUAUCCAGUGUCUGCAAGGAACUGGUUCACCCUCGACUCAGUGCAGCUGCAGUCAAAUGGCAUCACAGCGUCCUUCAUCGGGAGCCGUGGCAUCUACGCCCCCGCAGAGUAUUCCUUCCACUGCCAGACAGUCAGCAGCUUUCGUGAUGCUCUACUCGUGCCCAACGCCACCAACCAAACCACAUCAGACUGGAGACUCAAUUUCAUAGACUUCCAGAUUCAGGGCUUUGGGUUGGCCAAUGGAACAGAUUUCUCCUACGCCAGCGACUGUGCAGGUUUCUUCACACCAGGAAUUUGGAUGGGGCUCCUGUCAUCGCUUCUCAUGCUGUUGGUCUUUGUGUACGGUCUACACAUGAUCAUGCAGCUCAACACCAUGGACAGGUUUGACGACCCGAAAGGCCCAUCCAUUUCUGUGCCCCAGUCAGAGUGAGAGGUGUGCACACAUGCGUAAACACUCUAUCCAAUUUGGGGGAAGGGGCUGUGUUGGGGCCUCAGGUAUUUGAGCCCUUCCUUCUGAUUCUACAAGUGAACACUGAAUAUUAAGACACUUUUUCAUUCCCAAAGUGCCAAUAAGGGUUAAGUCGUUCUUGUGUGUCUGCUUGAUGUUGUAUAUGUGUAUGAUAGAAAAUUGUUUGGUUGUUGCCGAAUUUAUGUUGCAGACCAUAGAUCUUUUAAUCUUUCCCAACUUAAAAUUUCUCAUUUUAAAUCAUUAGUGAGGUGCCUGCGUAUAAGUGCCAACUUUAUCCUGAAUCAUUAUUUGAUGUUCAAAUAUUGGAACCACUGGUCUCUUACCUUAUUUAUUAAGAAAUCUCAUGCCACUGGACAUGCUUUUGAUUCAGUUACCUUUUAAAUAUGCAACACUUGUGCAUUCGUUAAACUUGAAGUGCCUUUGCCAACUGAUGUAAUUCCAAAUAAAAUGUGUAAAGUACAUGUUUGAAUGAUGGAAAUGUCAAUUCCUAAUUAUGUCAUCAAACACAAUGUAGUGAAAUACAUCUUUAUCCUCAUUUAAGUGUAAUUGCUCCAUGUAAGAACCAUAUUUUACAAGUCAGGAUAUUUUCAAACCAAAAGUUAUGACAAGGAAACUUCCAUGGUUUUGAAUAUGGAUGAAAUUUGUACAAAAGAGUCCUGUCAUUGACCUGUAAGGUUUACACCACAGCAUAUUCUGUCAGGACCGUAAGGGUUAAGGAGUUCAACAGAACAAGUAAAAACAAAACAUACUUUUCUUUAUUCACAGAAUACCUGAUGUAACACUUUGUGUAAACACAGUAAGUCAUUAAAAAAUGAAGGAUUUAAACAAGUGAGUGCUUCUACAA